AUGAACCCCGAAAUGGCCGAAGAUCGAGCAACCCGCACCGUUAUUGCUGAACUUUCAGCCGCUUACAAGGAGGGAGAUAUCACUGGGUAUGCCUUCUGGUGCGCGCUGGAUUGUGCACGAUCACACCUUGACAAUCCACAAGACUUGCAACUCAAGCAUGCUACCGAUGUGAUCGCCGGACUCGUCAGAACUUUGGUAGCAUUUCCGGAGAGCGGGCGGGCGCUGGAGGUGUAUGCGAGGGGUGUGCUGAAGGUACUACACGAGAAGGGAAAUACAAGGCGUAUAAACAAUGCAAGACCAGCCGCUACUAGCAGCUCCACAGCAAAUUAG